UAACAAGAAACUGCCAACUCCAACAUCUAAUUAAUCCCACUGAUUCUCAUCGCCCCUUUAUUUCAACCACAAAAUGUCUUCCCGAACUGCCGUCACUACCAACGAGGCCCCAAAGGGCGGUCCCCUCCUCUCCCAAGCCAUCAUCUCGGGUGGACUGGUAUUCACCUCUGGCUCGCUCGGCAUCGACCACGAAACGGGCCAAUUUGUCACUGGUGGAACAUACGACCGCGCAGUCAAGGCCUUCAGAAACCUAGAAGCCGUUCUGAAGGCCGCGGGCAGCGGUUUGGAGAAAGCAGUCAAAGUCACUAUUUUUUUGUCGAGCAUGGAGUAUUACUCGGAGCUUAAUAGAGCGUAUGCGGAUGUUUUUGCGGAUGUUGAACCUAAGCCGUCACGCACGUGCGUGUCGGUAGCGAAGCUGCCGCUUGAUGCGGAACUUGAGGUGGAGAUGGUUGCUGCGUUGUGAUGAGGUGUAAGGAAGGAAAUGUUUGGAGAAGAUGGUUGGAUGGGUCUGUGGGUUGGGC